CCACCCCCAGCUGGCAGGGACCACAGCCCGGGUUGAACCAUUCCCUUGCGGGGUCCCUUUUAAUUCUCCUCGUAAGUGAAGAGACCCUGGUUCGAAUCCCGGCGCGCGGGACCCUGGGCGCGCAGCCUCUCUGCAGAGCCGCCUGGCCCUUCCCCAUCCUCACCCCUCCGGCGCUGAGCCCUGCAGGCCCCGCGCCUAGGCUAGCUUUCCCUCCCGAGUUCGGCUGUCUGGGGUGUGUCCCCCUUUUUCAGAUCCUUAUUGCUGGCUGGAUAGGGUGGCCCUUCCUCUGACCAGGGAAAUUGGGAACAGCGGUGAUGGCCUUUAGGUUCUGGACUCCAAACCCCGUGAUGAGCUCUUGCAGAAUGACAGAAUUCAAAUCAUGAAGUUGUCAGAACUUAAGCAUCUUGCAGUUGGGCCCCGGAUUGUCCAGUAUGGAGUCAAAGUUGUGUUUCAGACAGUGCACUUGCUCUGGAAAUUGAUGUGGAUGAAGCCAGCAGCCUACAUCUUUCUCCAGAACCCUCCAGGCCUGCCUGCCAUCGCCGUCUGCUGGUUUGUGUGCUGCCUCUGCCGGAGCAAACUGGUCAUUGACUGGCACAACUACGGCUAUUCCAUCAUGGGCCUGGCACACGGCCCCCAGCACCCGCUUGUUCUUCUGGCUAAGGGGUAUGAGAGGUUCUUUGGGCGUCUGUCCCACCUGAACCUGUGUGUGACCAACGCCAUGCAGAAAGACCUGGCGGAGAACUGGGGCAUCAGGGCUCUGACUGUCUAUGACAAGCCAGCGUCUUUCUUUAAGGAGACGCCCCUUGACCUGCAGCAUAAACUCUUCAUGAAGCUGGGCCGCACAUACUGUCCUUUCCAAGCACGUUCUGAGCCUUCGGACCCAGCCACAGAGCUGUCUGCCUUCACCAAGAGGGAUGUGCGGAGUGGGCUGGUGACGCACCUUCCCGGGAGGCCGGCACUGCUGGUCAGCAGCACAAGCUGGACAGAGGAUGAGGACUUCUCCAUUCUGCUGACUGCGUUAGAAAAGUUUGAACAGCAGACUGUCAGAGGGGCCAGCCUUCCCUCCCUAGUGUGUGUGAUAACAGGCAAAGGGCCUCUGAAGGACUAUUAUGGCCACCUCAUCAGCCGCAAGUGCUUCCAGCACAUCCAGAUCUGUACCCCCUGGCUGGAGGCCGAGGACUAUCCCCUACUGCUAGGAUCAGCAGACCUGGGCGUCUGUCUACACACGUCAUCCAGCGGCUUGGACCUGCCCAUGAAGGUGGUGGACAUGUUCGGGUGCUGCCUGCCCGUGUGCGCUGUGACCUUCAAGUGUUUACACGAGCUCGUGCGGCACGGAGAAAAUGGCCUGGUGUUCAAGGAUGCGGAGGAACUGGCAACUCAGUUGCAGAUGCUUUUCUCCAAGUUUCCUGACUCCACUGGCAAACUGCAGCAGUUCCGCGAGAACCUGAGGGGCACAGAGCAGCUCCGGUGGGAUGAGAGCUGGCGGCAGACUGUGUUCCCCUUGGUGAUGGAAGGGUGACCCUGCUGGGCAGGGUUGCCCUGGACCUACCUGCCUGCCUGGGGCCUGGAGGCACCUGUCUUUGAGUGUCCCCCAUCGGCCAGAGGCCAGAAGGACGGCAGCAGACAGCCUCCGGCAUUGACCCAGGAGCUGCUCUGCUCGCCCAGAUCCCAGACCUGAGAUUGUGGGCUUGUGUCCUGCUGUGGGACCAGGAGCUGUGAGUGCAGAGUGCACAGGCGGGAACACAUUUGGUAAAUACAUGUUUGUUUACAC